GCGUGGAACCUUCCGGCUUACCUGACGGUGCUGAUUGCAUUUGGGAACAUCGGGCCCCUGGCAGUCACAGUGAGUCAUCGGCUGUGUCCCCCGGGACGGAUAUCGGAGCCGUGGCUGAUUCGCUCCAUCCAUGUACUGAGUCUGCUGUCAGCGGGAUUCCUGGCGGUGUUCUGGAACGGGCGUGUUGUGGUGGGCGGGGCGGAGCACAGCGUUCCGUACCUUCUCCUGGCCUACCUCCUGGCUCUAGGCUGCUGCACCUCCAACGUCACCUUCCUGCCCUUCAUGUACAGCUUCCCCCAGCAGUAUAUACGCAGCUUCUUCAUUGGCCAGGGGCUCAGCGCCCUCUUCCCUUGUAUCCUGGCUCUGGGUCAGGGGGUGGGCCGCCUGGAGUGCCGGAACAACACCUCCAGCAAUGGCACGGAGCCCCGCUAUCUGAAGGAGAACUUCCCCGCCUCCUCCUACUUCUGGGGUCUCUUCACCUUCCUGGCGGUCUCCGCUCUCGCCUUCAUCAUCUUACCUUUGUGGCAUAAAAGGGGCCAGAAGCAGCCCGAGCAAGAACUGGGAGCCGAGACGGUCCCUCAGGAGGGAGCCGACUCCGAAGAUUCCUACCCCCUGCGGAGCUCCGAGGAUGGAAAGACGGAGGAGUCCAGUACCCUGGCUGAGCAUCCAUUCUGGACCCCCCGGAACAUCUACCUGUUGGGGUUACUUGGCUUGUCCAACGCAUUGACCAAUGGCGUCCUGCCGUCUGUGCAGACCUACAGCUGCCUUCCCUACGGAGCCGACGCUUACCAUUGGUCCGUCGUUCUGAGCAACAUCGCCAACCCGGCAGCAUGCUUCAUCGCCAUGUGUGUCCUGUGCAGGUCUUCUCUGGGUCUCGGGUUGAUCAUGGCGGCCGGCGUAUUACUGGGCAGUUAUCUGAUGGUGUUGGCGGCGCUCAGUCCUUGUCCUCCAUUGGUGGGGAGUACAGCGGGGAUCGUGCUGGUGGUCCUGGCCUGGUCCCUGUUCCUGGGACUUCUGUCCUACCUGAAGGUGGUGAUAGGAAGCCUCCUGCACGAAGCCGGCCAUAGCGCCCUCCUAUGGUGUGGAGCCGUCAUCCAGGCGGGCUCCCUGAUUGGUGCCUUGUUGAUGUUCCCGAUGGUCAGCAUCUACCACCUGUUCCAUAGCGGGAGGGACUGUCAGGACAACUGCGCCUUCUGA